AUGCGUCUUCCAUACGUCUCUGACCCUCCCCCUACUAGCACUCCGGAAGAGGCGGAGAUCCUCGCUCGUGUCAGAGCCAGACGUGCCCCUGGGGCCCUCUUACCACUUGAUCGCGCACUUCUGCACUCGUAUCCUGUGGCAGAUGGAUGGAAUUCAUUCAUCGGGGCAAUCCGAACAAAAACUACCUUGUCCACGAUAAUCAAGGAACUUAUCAUCUGCCGUGUGGCUGUUCUGAAUGGAGCCUGGUUUGAAUGGGAACACCACGCACCUUUGUUGGAAGAAGGUGGACUUAGUGACGAGGGAAUGCGUGUUGUUCGCGAUAUCCAUGCAGAUAUUUCGCUGAAAAUUCAAGAGAAGAUCCUGAGUCCGGCUGAAGGAGCCGUUCUGAAGUACACGGAUGCCAUGACAAAGACUGUCACUGUUCCCGAGGAAGUGUUCCAGGAGCUGAAGGCAUUUUUCAAUGAGAGGGAAAUCGUCGAGAUAACGACAACAUCGGCUGCGUACAACUGUGUCAGCCGCUUUCUUGUUGCCCUGAAUGUGGGGGAGAAGAAUCCUUAA